GCGACCAUUCAGUCUGGCGUUAAACUAACAAUAUUCCAAAUGGUGGACAAGUGGUCCCAAGAUAAUGUCGGCAAAUGGCUGCAAAGCAUUAAUCUCAUAGAUUUUAAGGAAACAUUCAGAGAGCAGGAAAUUGAUGGGGAAACUCUUUUGGGACUCACAGAGAGGAUGAUAGAGAAGCUUUUUCCAGUCAUUAAGCUACAAGUGUUGUUCAUGAAGGAGCUCCAACAUUUAAAAAACUCUUCUACUUCAGAGCCUGUAACUGCAGCACCCUGUAAUGGACCAUGUGAUCAGCAAGGGCCACUGUCACAUGUGACCGAACCAUGGCCUGCAGUAUUCUGUUUACCAGACUUUCCACCAGAAUUAAAAGCUGCUCUGCUGAGAAAGGAUCCUGCCUUUAAAAAGAAGGAUAAAUCACAUUUGCGUGCACUGUUGAUUCAAGUGUUGUUUGACAACAUCACUAAACACACAUGGUAUCCCAGUCACAAAAUGUACGGAGACGUUCUGGGUACCCUGACAAUGAAAUAUCCUUUUUUAAAGGAUGGCAGCUCUUCUGGACAUGCAACACUAUUGGAAUGUUUGCGUAACAAAUUUAAGAAGGAGAGAAGGCCUCUUCUGAAUUCAGCUGUAGUGGAAGAGAUGAAAGUCAAAUAUGGCUCAAAGAAGAGGACCUCCGCCCAGAUGACUGACUGCCAUUCCUCUACUCAAAUGCUUGCCAAAAGGAGAGGACACCCUCCAUCAACAGUUCAGCCAGUGCCUAACUCUUCACAAGAGUGUAUGGAGGAUGACACGAGCUACGCAGAGCAUAUGAAAUACAUAGCGCAAGAGAUGAGGAAAGCUGCACCCAACAUACAGCAGAUCAAAGUGCGAAUGAGGAGGACACUUUUGCAGCGGACGGCGGACAUGACCAAAGCAACAGAGCACGUCAUGGAACAAUUUCCAUUCCUUGGAAAUCCUAUUCUAUUGCGCCAUGAAAUGAUGCUCAGGCAUGGGAUCGAUGUCACCAACCUUACAACGGAGUUGGAGGGAGUGGCGCACAACAUCAUCAAAGCCAUGAGGGAGAAAAAAGACCCGAAACCAGUUUCACGGACCCUGCUGGAUGACUCCGAUGAGGCUGGGAUGAAGAACUCCUUCAAUUACAAGUCCUGA